AUCAAAACAGGUGAUAAUAUUCUCUAAAUAAAACCCUUGGCCAUCUCUUAAACAUUUCGGAAAAGUUAGAUCCCGAGACAAAAGUUUAAAGAAGAAAAAGCUGAGUUUGGAAGAGAACAUUCAGCAAAAUGGUUGAUGCCAAACUCGAAGCAGUAUCGGUGGUUGAUAUCGACGAAGGAAUCUUCAAAUACGUGUUAAUCAAAGUUUACGCGAAGGAGCAAGCGGAUGGCACCGAACCAAGUAAACUGAUUGUCCGUGGAUUCAAUCGCGCUCAAUGGCACUCGGACAUUUACGAUGAGGUGAGCUCGUCCCUGAUGGGAUUGGGAUUAGAAACGGAGUGUCUAGGUGGUGGUCGCAUUGAGAAUCGGCCGGAUUUAAAGCAGAUUAAGGUAUACGGGUAUUCGCAGGGCUACGGAAAGGCAGACCAUCUUGAGACACGUCGUUUGCUUUUAACAAAGUACAAGGAUUUCCAGAUCAACUGCUCCGACGACGGGUACUGAGAGUAAAAAGGCUGACAUCGAACGAUAAAAAUAAAUUAUUUCAAAAUUUUGCACUGUAAUGCAUUUUGUUGAUAAUUUUGUAUUGUUUGUUGCAAUUAUCAAUCAUAUCAUAUCAGUCAGAAGAAAAAAAAUGCAAUAAGUUAAUGUUAGACUCAAAGAGAACUAGGGAUACCAGCAUUUUAUCCAUCCUCUCCAAGGAAAUGAAAGAAAUGUUAGUUAUUUUUACAAAACAUCAAUUUAUUUACUCAUCCAUCUACAUAUCUAUCGGUAUCACUGCACACUUAGGGAUU